AUGGAGCAAACCAAGCACAGCAAUCAACCGCCGGUUCCGGACCAUGGCCGUCCCCACGGCAAGCGGCUCACCAAGACGAUGAAAGCGAUCAAGAAGGGCAAAUCGAGGACGGCGCCGAACGGUAAGUCGAAAGCGACCUUCAACACGUUGCGCCUGUUCCGGCGCAGCUUCAUAUUCCAAACGAAGGAGUUCUUCGACAACUCGACGCUGCACGGUGUCCGGUACAUCGCCGAGGAGGGCCGCCCGUUCUUUGAGCGAUUCAUGUGGUUUUGCUUCGUUGCGUUCGGCUUCAUCGCGGCGGUGGUGAUCAUCUUCAGCUUGUGGGAAAAGUUUCAAACGAAUCCCACCAUCACCGGGCUGGAUACGGACUUUCACAACCAGCAGGUCAUCUUUCCGACCGUGCUGGUGUGUCCGACCGCACCGUACGACGAGGAAGCGGUACGGAGGGAGGCGUACCAGACGCUCGGCGGGUACGAGGAGGGCAGUGAAGUGUACGAACCGUUCCUGAAGCUGCUGACCCAGCUGUCGUACGACAACAUACGCGAGGUUGCCGCAAUGCUGAGCGACAUGCCGUCCACGCCGGCGCUCCGCACAACCAACCUGCGUGAGCUGGUGUUCCGGGUGGCGGUACGCUGUAACGAUACGUUCGCGUCCUGUCGCUACAAGGACGAGGAUAUUGAAUGCUGCGAAAUGUUCAAACCGAUGUACACCGAGCACGGGUUCUGUUAUGCGUUCAACGCACGCUACACCAAUAACAAGCAGGUGGAAAUACUCAACACCGAGGUGUACGUGCUGUUCGAGACGGACAAGAAAUGGGCGCUAACGUUCGAACCGCUCCGGGAGAGCAACAUCUUUGUGCACUCGUACAACGAAAUAUCCGGCUGGGACUUUCAGCCCCAGGUCAUGUGGGACAUCGACUCGAAGGUGGAGUUUCUGAUCUCGAUGAAGCAAACGUACACGACCGAGGACGCGCAGCAGCUAUCGAUCGGCCAGCGGAAGUGUAUCUUUCCCGAGGAGGAGAAGCUCCAGUACUACCAGGAUGCGUACACGUUUUCCGGCUGCAUGAAGGAGUGUCGGAUAUCGAAAAGCUUGAAGCACUGCAAGUGUGUGCCACCGUUCUAUGCACCGGUGCGUUCGAUACCGAGCUGCCUUUCCGGUAGCUUCCAGUGUUUGAGCGAGUACACGGAGAACAUUACCAGCAUCUUCAGCUGUCAGGAUUGUGAGCUCGGUUGCUUGAACACCGUGUACGAUAUUGAGAAGUACUCGAAGAUCAUGAAAACGGAAGAGGAGCAGCAGGAAGCACAGGUAACGAUCGAGUAUCUCACCUGGCCGAUCAUCCGGUACAAACGAGAAGUACUGUUCGGUUGGGUCGAUCUCCUGGUGUCGUUCGGUGGUAUUGCCGGUCUCUUUUUAGGCUUCAGCUUACUGUCCGGUGUAGAGAUCCUGUACUUCUUCACCAUGCGCGCAUUCUGUAUGCUGUACAAAAACCGGGACGAGCUGGAAGCGAUCGAGAAGGAACAGCUCAUCAAGUCGAUGAGUCGCCACGAGUUGGGUCUCAAACCGAUCGCUGCUCCAUCGACGCCCACCGUGCCGGUAUAUGACACCCUGGACGUGCCACCGUCAGCCGACAAGCAGCAGGUGUUUGUGAAACUCAUCACCAACGAUUACAAAGCGGCCCAGCAGUAUCUCACCGCGGAUGCUUCCUACCCGGGGUUGAACCGACACCGACUCAACCAGCUGAACGGUCAAAGCCAACGGAAGCAGAACAUGUUUCUGCUCGGUCACGGCAACUACGCAAACCAUGCCAAGCACGCGGAGAAAAAGACAAUCCACUACAGUGACGGUAGCAACUACAUCUACGAUGGAUAUUUACCAUAA